AUGGAGAUUGACAGAGCCGAAACGAAGACGAUAUCCCGCGAAAACACCCGUCCCAAUGGUGCCGUUCAGGUGAAGCGACGGACGGACCUCCUCCCAAGAGAGGAGCGGGAGAAGAUUCGUAGGCUGAAAGAGGCGAACAAAUCGUAUGGCCGCGGCAAGAACAUCAACGUCAAGUCGAUCAAGGACAAGAAGCUGCGCACCAAUCUCUCGCGACUCGAAAACAAGUACCGCGACGCCACCAUUAAGGCCAAGGAUGCCGAGAUCCUUCUCGAGAACAGCGGUGGCUUCCUCGAACCCGAGACCGAGCUCGAAAGAACCUACAAAGUUCGCCAGGACGAUAUUACCGAAGGUGUUGCUGUCACAACGGCACAGAAGCGCUUUGAGCUAAAGCUUGAGGAACUUGGACCAUAUGUCGGCGAAUAUACUCGUAAUGGCAGGGAAUUGCUGCUAGCUGGGCGCAAAGGUCAUCUUGCGACAUUCGAUUGGAGGGAAGGUAAGCUGGGUUGCGAGAUCCAGCUGGGAGAGACGAUCAGGGAUGUCAGGUGGCUUCACAACAACCAGUUCUUCGCUGUGGCGCAGAAGAAGUAUGUCUACAUCUACGAUAGAAACGGUGUGGAGAUCCAUUGCUUGAGGAAACACAUGGAAGUCACGCAUAUGGAGUUCCUCCCCUACCAUUUCCUCCUCGGUACAGUGGCGUCAACUGGCUUCCUCAAGUACCAGGAUGUUUCCACUGGCAACAUCGUCUCUGAAAUCCCCACCAAGCUCGGCCCCCCAACAGCAUUGACUCAAAACCCUUGGAAUGCCGUUCUUCAUGUCGGCCACCAGAACGGCACGGUCACUCUCUGGUCGCCAAACCAGACAGAUCCGCUAGUCAAGCUCCUGGCCCACCGGGGCCCAGUGAGGUCGUUAGCCGUUGACCGCGAAGGCCGCUACAUGGUUUCGACCGGUCAGGAUUGCAAGAUGGCAGUGUGGGAUAUUAGAAUGUUCAGGGAGGUUAACAACUACUUCACAAGACAGCCUGGAUCGUCAGUAGCCAUCUCUGACACUGGCCUGACUGCUGUUGGCUGGGGCACGCAGACGACCGUUUGGAAGGAUUUGUUCUUGAAGAACGAGCCCGUUCAGAAGAAGGUGCAGAGCCCAUACAUGGCAUGGGGCGGUGAGGGUAACCGCAUCGAGAGGGUGAGGUGGUGCCCCUUCGAGGAUGUCCUCGGAAUGGGUCACGACGAUGGAUUCUCGUCCAUCAUCGUCCCUGGCGCUGGAGAGGCCAACUUCGACGCCCUGGAAGUCAACCCCUUCGAGACCGCCAAGCAGAGACAGGAGGCCGAAGUCAAGGGCCUGCUGAACAAGCUCCAGCCGGAGAUGAUUGCCCUGGACCCCAACUUCAUCGGCAACAUCGAUCUGAGGUCGGACAAGCAGCGCCAGGCCGAGAAGGAUUUGGACAGUAAGCCCCUGUCGAUCGAGGAGGAGAUCCGGAAGCGCGCAAGAGGCAAGAAUGGCGCGUUGAAGAAAUACCUGAGGAAGCAGCGGAAGAAGAACAUCAUCGACGAGAAGAGAAUGAAGGUCGAUGCCAUCUGGGAGCAGCAACAGAAGGCGAGGGAGAAGAAGCACCAGGAGGUCGAGGCGGACCUUGGACCGGCGCUGUCCCGAUUUGCGCGCAAGGAGUAA